AACCAUCUUGCUUUCUAUUGAAUUAGACCUCUUCAGUGGUGUGUUGACUUUCUGCUAACCUCCUACAGACAGAGCAGAAGGAAUGUUAACACAGUGUUUGUAACAGGUUUUACAAGAAGUUGGACACUUUUCGUGUUGCUAUUUUAUAUAACAACCAGACAUUUCUUAACACACUUCUCAUCAAACUUGACGGUUGUUGUCAGGUCGGGUUUUUAAUUCAGGUCCCAGUGCCACUUAGCGUAGACAUCAAGGCUAGCGUUACUUUCCAAGGAUGCCGGUGCAGAGAGUCGUUCUCAACUCACGACCAGGUAACAACGGAGUGCCAGUUCCUGCACAUUUCCGCCUAGAGGAGACCACUUUGGCACCUGACCUGGAAGAUGGGGAGGUCCUUGUCCGGACGCUUUGCCUCUCAGUCGACCCUUACAUGCGGUGCAGAAUGAAUGAAGACACCGGUGUUGGUUAUGUGACUCCAUGGCAGCUGUCUGAGUGUGUAGAUGGUGGAGGUGUCGGUGUGGUCGAGUCCAGUCGCUGCAGUGCUUGCAGUGAGGGAGAUGUGGUCACUUCAUUCAACUGGCCUUGGCAGACCAAAGCUGUCAUGAAAGGGAGUGCCUUACAAAAGGUUGAUCCACAGGUGGUCGAUGGACACUUGUCGUACUUUUUGGGUGCAGUUGGGAUAACAGGUCUCACUGCACUGUUAGGCGUAAGGGAGAAGGGCAAUGUGACCAAAGGGGCCAAUCAGACCAUGGUGGUGAGUGGCGCCGCUGGGGCCUGUGGCUCCGUAGCUGGACAGAUCGGCAGGCUGGAUGGCUGUGUGAGAGCGGUUGGGAUUUGCGGCUCUGAAGAGAAGUGCAGAGCUUUAGUGGAUGACUGCGGCUUUUCUGCAGCCAUCAACUACCGCAAAGAGGACAUACCUGUAAAGCUCCAGGAGCUCUGCCCCGAUGGGAUAGAUGUUUACUUUGACAACGUGGGAGGUGGCAUCAGUGAUACUGUAAUUGCACAGAUGAACAACAACAGCCAUGUGAUCCUGUGUGGGCAGAUCUCACAGUAUAACAAAGAUGUGCCAUAUCCUCCGCCUCUGAGCGAGGAGAUACAGGAAACCCUGCGAAGGAACAAUAUCACCCGGGAACGAUUUACAGUGCUUAACUACAUGAACAAAGCAGACGCUGCCCUCUGUGAACUCAGCCAGCUAGUUAAAUCAGGACACAUCAAUGUGCUGGAAACUGUGGUGGAAGGCAUUGAAAAGAUGGGAGAUGCAUUUUGCUCCAUGAUGAAAGGGGGAAACAUUGGAAAGCAAAUUAUAAAGAUAUCAGAGUGAAGGAAAUUGCUUCUCUCACCAGACGGAUGCCUUGGGAAAUUAACAUGUUGCAUUUCAAUGAUUUCCAAUAACACUAACUUAAUGAUCUCUAGUGCGAUAUUUCAUUGAUGAGCGGUUGCCAUUAGUUGGCAAUUAUGCAUCAUAAACAUAAAUCACACAAUGUUUUAUUACAUUUGUUUCUUGACAAAAAUAAAUGUAAAGAGUGCUUAGAAGUCUUGAACUUUAUAACUUACUGAUUUAUUCUUUGGUGCCAAUUUUAAUAUGUGUAAAAUAUGUAUGUGUACCACAUAUUGCCGUGCUGCCUGAUAAUAUUACCUCACUUCUCAAUCUCAACACUUGUGGUUUUAAAAUCAUCCGGUGUGGAAAAUAAAAGUGCCAUGAUAAGACAUCAGCAUAUGUUCUGGUAUGUAGCGCUAUAACUGACAAAUGGUAGAGAAGGUUUAUCAGACAUGAGAAACACAAAAUACUGUUAGUAAAAUAAUCAAAAUGUGGUGUUUAAAGAAACAUAAAGCUUUUAAAUGUUUUCCUUUAACCUCCAACAGUUGAAAACUGAUCUGAUUGUAGGUUCAAAUAACUAAUAGUAACUAGCUAGCUUAACUGAACACUGCUAGCUUACUGUUAAAUUACCAGUCUUCCAGGGAGCUAAUGUUAUGUAACCCAAUCUAACCUUCUCCAAAAUAUUGAGCCAGUAAAUGUUUUCUUUGUCAACCAUAUGCACUGAAUAUGGCUUUAGCAUCAAUGUAUAAUUGCUUCAACAGUAGCAAAAGGCUGCUAGCUAACAC